AUGUUAUUUAAAUUAAAGAAAAAGAGUGUACUGUGUAACAUAUUAAUUGUAACAUUAUUAAGUAUAAUCGUAGUAGGAGUGUAUUUAGGCAAGGUUUAUAAUAUAGACACAAAAUAUUAUAAGGAAUAUAACGCACACGAUGUGAUAGUUCGACGAUUUUUAGAACAGAGAGAGAGUUGGACGACGUCUAAUGUGGGCUCUUUGUUAUUUAAAUUUCAAUUUGCAAAUGACAUAAUGCAAAACAACACACGUGGAAGAGAGAACAAAAGGUUUAUUGUUUUAAUAUGGAAACACUGGGACUGGCUGAAGAAUCGUCACAUUUAUAGUUUUGAUAACGAACGUUUAAGCGAGCCCGACCCACUAGAGCAGUGCAGCGUGAGAAACUGCUUAUUGACAGGAGAUGACAAGUACCUGGAAUCAGCUGACGCUGUCGUAGUACACAUACAACACGGCGUGUUUCCUAACACAUCGACAAGAAAUAAUAGACAAAGGUGGAUAUUUCUCAACGACGAAUCUCCAAUCAAUGCGUUUUCGAUGGCGAAAGUUAAACCAAAGUUAGAAGACUUGAAAAAUAUUUUUAAUUGGUCCAUGACGUACAGGAUCGACGCGGAUAUACCAGUCCCCUACGGUCGCACAGUGCCCCUUCAGCAACCAAUACUUGGCGACAUCACAAUUAAGUCUUUGUCUGAGUUGGUCCCAAAUUGGCAUAUUAAACGACGUGAUAAGCUGGCUUCAAUCCUGGUGUCUAAUUGUGGACCAUCGAAAAGACUCGAAUACCUGCACGAGUUAGAAAAUUACCUACCAUUGGAUGUCCAUGGAAAAUGCUCUAAGGAUCAUAAAAAUAGUUGUCCCGGCCAUUUCAAAGCCGACUGCAAGGUGACGGGCCAAUAUUUAUUUUACCUUGUGUUCGAGAACUCUCAAUGCCGCGAGUACAUUACGGAGAAGGUAUUCAACAACGCUUAUGAAAAGGGCGCUAUCCCAGUCAUAAUGGGACCGAAAAACGAUGACUGCGCAAAAAUUCUGCCACCCAACUCAUUUUUACACGUUGAUAACUUCAAUGGACCGGACAAUUUAGCGGAUUACAUUAAAUUUUUAAGCGAAAACGAACACAUUAUGCUCGAAUACCACCGAUGGAGAAAUGAUUUCAAAAUUGUAAGUGAGCACGGCUAUUUCGGUACGAAGUCAUUUCAUUACUGUCGAGUCUGUGAAGCGUUAAAUUAUAAUGACCGGAAUGAUAAGGUCUACAGUGAAAACGAAUUGCGGUCGUUUUUAGAUCCCGCUCUUCUGUGUUCCUAA